AGGGGGAGGGGCUUGGAAGAGCCGGAAGCGGAAGUCCUUGCCCCUGCCUCAGAGCGGGUGCGCGCGCAGGCGGGCGGGAAGUUCGGUCUCGGUGUCGUGAGGGGAAAUGAGGCUCCCGUGCGAGGUGUCGGUGUCCAGCCGGCUGCUCCCUUCGGCGGGGCUGCGGGGCCCAGGCCGCGCCAUCAGGGCCGUGCUCUCCCUCGGAAGGGCCGCCGGAGGAGGGAGCGGGGCCCGGCUCCUGCUCAGCACCGCCCGGAACAGGCCCGGGUCCCACUACCAGCUGAGAGAGAAUGUGGAGCACCUUUUCACCAAGUUUGUGGAGGAAGGAAAAGCCACGGUGAGGCUGAAAGAACCAGCUGUGGACCUCCACCUCAGCAAGGCCAAUGUCAGCCAGCUGAAGACCUUCCUGUCUGCAGUGAAGCUGGCUCACCGAGGCUCUGACAAGGAAAGCUUACCACUCUCCACCUUGGUUCCCCCAAAAGCUUCCGAGAUUGAGAAGCCAAAGACGAAACUGACCAUCACUUCAAGGAAGGACUAUCCUUUGACCCAGAACUUCCCGUACUCCCUGGAGCACCUCCAGGCCUCCUACUGCAAACUCGCCCGCAUCGACAUGCGCAUGCUUUGCCUGAAAAGCCUCCGGAAACUGGACCUGAGCCACAAUCGGAUUAAAACCCUUCCGGCGACAAUUGGAGACCUGGUGUACCUUCAGGAGCUGAACCUUCAGGACAAUCAGCUGGAGUCUUUUGGGGUGGCCCUGUGCAACUCCACCCUCCGCAAGUCGCUCCAGUCCCUGGAUCUUAGCCAGAACAAGAUCAAGGCCCUUCCGGCGCAGUUCUGCCAACUGCGGGAGCUCGUUCACCUGAAGUUGGAUGACAACCACCUUGUCCGGCUGCCCUUCAAGAUCGGGCAGCUUAGCCAGCUCCGCUUCUUGUCUGUGGCUCGGAACAAGCUCCCCUUUUUGCCCAGCGAGUUUGUAAAGCUCUCUCUCGAGAGCCUGGAUUUGUUUGGCAACCCUUUUGAGCAGCCCACACCUCUCCUUCCCCAAAUGCACCUGGAAAUACCCUUGACGUUAUUAGAAUAUGCUGCAAGAGCAACAGUCAAUUACAGAGUCCCUUACGGCCCUCAUCUCCUUCCCUCCCACCUCUGCGUCGACCUGGACCUGGCCAAGACCUGUCCCUGCGGGCGCUCCUGCUUGAACUGCUUCAUCCAGACCACGCUGACCAUGAACCUUCACAGCGUGGCCCACACUGUGGUCUUGGUGGACAACAUGGGCGGCACUGAGGCCCCCCUUCUCUGCUUCUUCUGCUCCCUGACCUGCUACUCAUCCUUCCUGGACAGACAUCUGCGCAGCAACAGCAGCGGCCGGGGGCCCUGAGCACAGCCUUUUCUCCUCCUUCCCAUUCACCAGAUCCCUGGCCUUUUGCACAUGCUCUGGUGCCUCUCUGUCGACCCUGAGAAAUUCCCCAUCUCCUGGUUUCUCACAGAUUGUUAGCAGGAUACAGGACAGGCUUUGUUUGGGCUUGCUUGGUGUCUGAUGUGUGUACUUGCAGCCCAAAGGACAACACUGCCUGGAGACCCCUAUGUUGCGUGGGAUCUGAGGAAUUCUAUUGAGUAAGGAAUACUGGGUCAAUACUAGACAGCGAGCUAGCUAAUCUCUUUCCUUUUACAUCAUCCUAAAAGAGGAAGGAAAGGGAGUUUGGCUUUUUGACAGAAUGCAACUCAGAUGAGGAAACUGUGUUGAAGGGAGGACAAGGCAGUUUAGGGCUCUCUAGAUAUUGCUGGAUCUCAUCUCCCACCACUCAAGUGGUUUGAGGUCCAAUCAAACCACUUGCUCCUGGCUUGUUUGUCUUCCCUGAAACUGUUGUUUACUUAUUGGGAUUCUUUGUUUUUGAUGGGAAGCACCGGUCCCUUCACCUACACCACUGAGUGGUCGGUCCUUUGACUCUCUUAAAACUACACUCCAACCAAGAAUAUAAUGACUUGUCCUUCUAGUUAGAAAUGGGAAUGCUCAGUAGAUCUUCUCAAAUGCCCCUUCUACACUGCCGUAUGAAAUCCAGAUUAUCUACUUUGAACUGGAUUAUUUGGCAUUGUAGACUCAUAAUCUAGUUCAAAGUAGGUAAUGUGGAUUUUCUGAUUUGAUAAUCUGGAUUAUAUGGCAGUGUAGAAGGGGGCUAAGAUAGAUCAAACAGAGUUCACAGUGAUUAGAAGCCUGGCUGGCUUGGAAUGAAAGAUUUUUAUGCAUAGCAACAGAACUCAAGUCUUCAAAAACUGUCAAGUUUUAUUUCAUAUCACAGUUGAACACUCAAUCCUUGAACACGGUGCUCUUGCUGAACAUGUACCAGUGUAUGUGUGUGUUUCUGCAAUGUUUAUUAAAAAUCCUUGCCUUAAAACACAUUCCACCAAUGUUUACUGACAUAUUGAUGAAAAACUGUUAUAUGCAGAGGUAUUUGGGAAAGGUUUCCUGACUAAUCCUCCAAGCAGCUACACGAAAACCCUCUUAUUUGGUUACAAAAUAAAGUACAUGAAGAUGCA